AUGUCGAUCAGCGCUACUGCACUUCCGCCAAUGCGUGUAAUGGGCAAAGAAUUGCGCCUGAAGGCCUUCAGUUCGGCUUACGAGUAUGGACGACAGUACCCUCACCAGUCCGCCAACGGACGUCGCGAGCUGCGUGCAAUGGACAAGGAGAAUGCCACCUCCUCGCCCCGAGCAUCGCAGAAUAGCGCACCGGGCAGCCGAGACCAGAGCCACAACCGCAGCAAGGUCAACAGCGUCUACACUGCUAUUCACGUUCCCACUACACCCUCCCGCGAUGCCAUGAACGAGUAUGAGAGCGAAGACUUCCAAAGGAAGUACAAUGCACGUCCGGACACAGAGGUGCCUCCAGACACACCCGACUUCUCUGGCAUGGACGAUGGCACUGGUCAGCCAGUCGUUGGGCCCGGAACUCCUGGAGAAUACUCAAAACGUGGGAUCCACAUCCCUACCAGGACAAGCAGUACUGGCGGCAAGCAGCGCUUAGCUCCGCAACAAACUCACGAUCCAAUGCCGCCGUCGAGAUCGAAGUCGCCCAUACCACGAGACUCACACCAGUCAGACACUCCGCCGUCACCGGAGACAGCGGACGAGUACAACUAUGAACCUGGCGCCAGGAGCAGUGCUGGAUCAGUCUUUUCGCAGGAAACGUCUGCCACGUCAAUCCAUACUCUGCCACCUUUGCAAACCAAAGGUCCAGAUAACAGUGACGCUCAAUACCUGGAGCCUGUACUCGAAGACGACCCACGAUCCUGGGACCUUGUCGGUCCCGCUUCGGACGAUCACGCGACUGGCAUGUAUGCGCUCGAGCAACGAUCUGAGCAACUAUUCAGCGCUGAGCAUUUGAGGACCAUCUUCGAAGACCCGAAGUUGUUGUUGAAGUUCACUGGUUUCCUCAACUCGCACCGCCCCAAGAGUAUUCCGAUCCUGAUCUACUAUUUGGACGCCUUGAAGGCUCUGCGGGCGAUUAACUAUGCAAACGCGAUUGCGGAAGCUCUAGAGCCCAUCAAGGGUCAAGGAUUCACUGACGAAGUUGCAAAACCAACCAACAACAACGUUCUGGAAGAGAAGGCAAACCGUGCGUUCGAUGUCUUGGUGCAGGAGGAUCUCCCGGCAUACGUUGCGCAUAUUUGGAUCCAGGUCGUCAGCGUUAGCAUUCAGCGACGUAUUACUGGCACUCUUGCUCCACAUCUGCGAGAAGCUAGUGAGGGUCUUGCGGAGGUCUUCUGCCUGACUGAUCCUAGCAGGACCGACAAUCCCAUCGUCUUUGCCUCCGAAGAAUUCACUAGAACGACACAGUAUGGCAUGAACUACAUCAUUGGCCGAAAUUGCCGUUUCUUGCAAGGUCCACGAUCAAGCCCACACUCUGUUCGGCGUCUGGCGAUUGCAUGCACUCAGGGUAAAGAGCACACGGAAGUGUUUGUGAACUACCGGCGUGAUGGCAGUCCGUUCAUGAACCUCCUGAUGACCGCGCCGCUCAUGGACAGCCGUGGAAACAUAAGAUACUUCAUCGGUGCCCAGGUUGAUGUGUCUGGUUUAAUCAAAGACUGCAGUGAAAUGGAAGGGUUGAUCAGACUACUCGAGAAAGAGCAGGAGGCACAGGACCAGACUGAAGAGGAAGCCGACGCGAGCCACAAAGAUGAGUUCCAGGAGCUCAGUGAGAUGUUCAACGGCGCAGAGCUGGACACCGUCCGCAAGUACGGCGGACGCAUGCACAAGGAGUAUGUGGACGACAGUGACCGGGAAAGUCUACACUCUGGACGACCGCGACUACUCCUCAAAGACCCUACCCAAGACAUCAUGGACAAGACGCACAGGUCCCUAUCGGACGCUGCGUCGGGUGUGCAGGAGAAGAUUAAUGGGAAAUUGGAGGGCGUCUAUCAGCACUACUUGCUGAUCCGACCGGCGCCAUCUCUGCGCAUCCUGUUCACUUCUCCUUCGCUUAGAGUUCCCGGUAUACUCCAGUCGCCAUUCUUGAACCGCAUUGGCGGUAGUAGCCGCGUCCGUGCAGACCUGGGAGCUGCGCUAGCAGAAGGACGCGGUGUCACAGCUAAGAUUAGGUGGCUUACCCGUCCGGACGAAGAUGGUGAAGGCGAAGGCCGGCCACGCUGGAUCCACUGCACACCCCUUCUAGGCCAUUCUGGCGCUGUGGGCGUUUGGAUGAUUGUCCUUGUGGAUGAGGAGGGAUCUCUUCCAGGCACAUCUUCUGGACGGCGCUUCAGGCAAGCGCCACCUGUCUCCAAUAACAUUGGAGGCAAAGAGUGGGACGCUUCGCACUCGAGAGAGCGCAAGAAGCUCAAUGCAUACGAUGCUCAGAGCGAGAGGGGUGGCAGCAAGAAUGCGGAAUACUUCCACCGUCCAGUCAGUCGCGGCGCGCACAGUGCUGUUGGAAGCUCAAUGCCUGCUAGAAGCCCUGGCCCGCAUCGGCAGACGUCUCACGUCACCAGCGCCAAUGCCAGCGAAUUCUCCUUCAAUCUCAAGGGCUAG